CGACCCCAUAUUAACAAAUGAAGUAUACAAUAAACAUUUGGAAUCCAAACACACUCGUUUUCCCUCCAUUUUCAUCAGAGACUUAAAGAUUUAGAAUUGGAGGAAGAACAGCAAAUUCUGUAGUUGUAGACCAUCAUCAACAAUGAAUUAUCAGAAGAUAUUCCGAGUUUGGUUUAUGAUCCAUGUAGUAGUAUUAUUGAUUUUGAGGACUGAAAAGUCAACGGCAAUGGCAGAAACAUACAUGAAAUACAAAGAUCAGAAUCAAGCAAUUGAAGUUCGAGUUGAAGAUCUUCUAAGCAGGAUGAGUUUGGAUGAAAAGAUAGGUCAGAUGACUCAAAUUGAUAUCUCUGUCGCCUCCUAUGAUGUUAUGAAGACUUACUUAAUAGGAAGUGUGCUGAGUGGGGGAGAUAGUGCACCAUUUCUAGGAGCUAAAGCUGAAUAUUGGAUCAACAUAAUCAACGAAUUUCAGAGAGGUGCCUUGGCUACUCGUCUGAGGAUACCGAUGUUUUUUGGAAUUGAUGCUGUUCAUGGAAAUGGCAUUGUCUAUAAUACAACUAUAUUCCCCCAUAAUAUUGGUCUUGGAGCUGCCAGAGAUCCAGACCUUAUUAGAAGAAUUGGUGCUGCGACUGCUGUGGAAGUCAGAGCUACAGGGAUUAGAUACGCCUUUGCUCCUUGUAUUGCUGUUUGUAGAGAUCCAAGAUGGGGCCGUUGCUAUGAGAGUUACAGCGAGGAUCCUAAGAUUGUGCAGGAGAUGACUGAUAUAAUCUAUGGUUUACAGGGAGAAAAUCCUAAAGGAUCUUUAAAUGGCAUUCCUUAUAUUGGAGGAAGGGACAAAGUUGCAGCUUGUGCUAAGCAUUUUGUGGGUGAUGGAGGAACAACUAACGGCGUUGAUGAGGAUAACACAGUUAUUGACCCUAAUGGGUUGUUUAAUAUUCACAUGCCUGCCUAUCUUGAUUCUAUCAGCAAAGGGGUGGCAACAAUUAUGGUCUCAUAUUCUAGCUUGAAUGGAAAAAAGAUGCAUGCCAAUCGUGACUUAUUAAUGACUUAUCUCAAGAACACUCUCCAAUUCAAGGGGAUGCUUAUCUCUGACUGGGAAGGACUUGAUAAAAUGACAACUCCGCAUCAUGCCAAUUAUACAGACUCUGUCUUGGCAGGAGUUCGAGCUGGAAUAGACAUGAUUAUGGUCCCUUACAAUUAUACUGAAUUCAUUGAUAUUCUUACCUACUUGGUUAAGAACAAUUAUAUUCAUAUGGAGCGAAUUGAUGAUGCUGUAAAGAGGAUUUUGCGUGUUAAGUUCAUAAUGGGUCUCUUUGAACACCCUAUUUCUGAUUAUAGUCUGGUUCAUGAGCUCGGAAGCCAGGCUCAUAGAGACUUGGCAAGAGAGGCGGUAAGAAAAACUCUAGUACUGCUGAAGAAUGGUAAAGAUGGAGAUAGCCCAUUGUUGCCCCUUCCGAAAAGAACAUCAAAGAUACUAGUAGCUGGUACUCAUGCUCAUAAUUUAGGCUAUCAAUGUGGUGGAUGGACAACUAGAUGGCAGGGAUUUAUGGGUAAUAACGGCACAAGAGGAACUACAAUCCUGAAUGCUGUAAAAUCCACUGUCCACCCAAGCACAGAAGUCAUAUACAAGGAACACCCAAACAAAGAAUUCAUCGAGUCCAACAGCUUCACCCAUGCCAUUGUCGUUGUAGGCGAGCUUCCCUAUGCAGAGUACGAUGGAGAUAGUCAAACACUCACGAUGAUAGAACCAGGCCCCUCAGUGAUCAACAAUGUCUGUGGGGCUAUCAAGUGUAUUGUUGUUGUUAUCUCUGGCCGGCCCCUUGUCAUUGAGCCCUACAUGGCCUCAAUCGAUGCCUUAGUUGCUGCGUGGUUGCCUGGCACAGAAGGCCAAGGAGUUACUGAUGUGUUGUUUGGUGAUUAUGAUUUCAAAGGAAAACUACCAAGGACAUGGUUUAAAACUGUUGAUCAACUACCCAUGAAUGUUGGAGAUCCACACUAUGAUCCUCUUUUUCCCUUUGGAUUUGGUCUGACAACUAACAAAAUAAGCUUAUCAGUAAACAAGUCAGAGAUCCAAUAUGAUUGAAAGAAUUCAGAUUUGUUGGAACAAAUGAAAAUAUACCACUCUCAGUAGAUUAAGUCGGAGCACUAUACUGUUAUACUUCAUUUCUUCAGGAAUGUACAAACUGUAAUCUGUAGGGUAUACGGCAGCAAAUAGUGGGCAUUCUUUCUGUAUAAAUCUUAUAGUAUUACAUGUGUAAAGUGUAAUAAUGGUGUCACAAAAACUAUAAAAAACAAAAUUAUUUCCGAUUC